GCUCAGCCAUUCCACACGCAACCGGAUUAUGCCGCGUGGGAUUCAUCAGGGAUUGGCGGCGGAUGCCUAGGAACCACACGUGUCCGGUCAAUGACAGAACAUCCGUUCCAUCAGUUCUAUGUGGCGACUGUGUUUGCGCCAACUCCUCUCAUCUUCGGGAGUUGGUGAACGUCACUGUGGAUGGAAUGGCUUGCUAUGCGUGCGAACCGCGUCGACCUCCCGCUUGCACCGAGGCGCACGACCAGUGCACACCUGAAGCAUGUGAGUGCGGCAACUCUCUGACUCACGUGAAGCUUGCCGCAACCACUGUGGAUGGCAGCCCAUGCUUUUACUGUGAGUCGAUCACCGGUGCAGCGGUUGGAAGGUUGGAACUCCUCGUGGGGGCAGUGGUGCUAUUGCUGUGCUGGCACAUGGGCAGGAAGCCGGUGCCUCGGGGCAGCUUGAGGCUCUCCCGACGCCAGGGCGACCGCAGCCGGGCCAUCCGGGUGCAACAGGAGCCACUGAAGUUCUACGAAGAGGUGCUCUUCGCCAUCGGGGACAUCUUCGAUCUUCUGGUGGAUGGCGCCUGCGAGCUGCUGGGGAUAGCCUGGCAGUUCUUGCGCCAGCUGGACCUUAGCCUCGUUGUUGGCCGUGUCAGGACGGAUCUGGAGGAGACAUGUGCCAAGGCUCUGAAGGAGACGAAGCGGCCAAGAACAGGUUCCAAUGACCAGGCGAAAGGCAAGGAGGUGUCCGGAGCGUCCACGUCCGGAGCCGGGCCGGCCGAGAAAUGCACCGCAGCGGCAAAGGUGAGCACGGAGCCUGACACCCGACGGGGUACAAAGCCACGGCCCCAGCCCCGAGGGGAGCCUCGGGGAGAGCAGAAGGUUCGGGAAGUCCGGGAAGUCCGGGCGCGCACGCCGACGGAUCAGAUACCCAAGGAAGCAGACACCGGAAAGAAGGUGCCAGCAAAUGAAGUGUUGGAUUUGGCAUAUGGCCCGCAAGCCCGGCAAGCGCAGAGAGGAGAGAAGAAGGAGAAGGCGCCAAAGGAGCCGAAGGAGCCGAAGGAGCCGAAGGAGAAGCCGAAGGAGCCGAAGGAGAAGCCGAAGGGGCCGAAGGGGCCGAAGGGAGAGAAGGCGGCCACCAAGGUGCAGAUGGUGCCGCUCUCUGAGGAGCCGUCUGCACUGUAUCGGGCGGCGUUGGCAGUCAUGAAGGCAAAUGCCGCGGCUGCCGAACAAUGCUUGUCUGCCGUCUUGGCGGAGGAAUUCGACAAUGAUUCAACUGAAGCUGGCAGCGGCAAUCUUCCUGGGAAUUUCGACGAAACUCCGAGCGAGGACGACGUUCGCCCCACCGCCGCCGCUGCAGCUGCGGCCAUUCUGGCGGCAGCCACAGACAAGAGAGCGGCCGCGCUGCAGCUGUUAGACGCAGCGGCGAUGCCCACCAUUGAAGUGCGCACCUUCAUAGCGGAGCCCUGCGAGCUUGAGGCGCCGGUCAUGAGAAGAACCGUCAGUGACACAGACAUCACUCUUUACAGCUGAGCUGCCACGCUGAAGAGCCAGAAGUGAAGUUGGGAGGUUCCCGUUUGAUUUCAGAGUUUCCACAGCUUCACCUCUUGCC